AUCGCCCUGGUCGCCCUCAGCCAGGAGUGCAGCGGCCACCGGUGAGCAGCGGCUGGAAGGCGCUGCGUGGGAGAGGGCGGGUCCUGGAGUCAAGACGGACAGGGCCCACGGCCAAUCAUCGAGGAAGAAGAACCCUGGGAGGCGGGGAGAGUCAGGUCCCUGAGCCCACGGACUCCGGGGCGCGUCACUGCGGUGGUGGGAGAGAAACCCCUCUCUGCGCCGUCGGAUCGGAGCUCGGGGAGAAGCGGCAGGGCUGGGAACGAUGGGAUUCUCUGGUGCAGCUGAAAAUGUUACUCGAGAGAGAAAGAUGAGAGCGAGCGGGAAGCAGGAGCCACCUAGUGAGCGGGUGGCGCGCCGGGGGCGUGCGACGUUCCGAGGCCAGAAGCGGCCCGUGCACUGUCACCUGCUGUGGGGCUGCGGGCCCAGAGCACCGCGUCACGGACGCGCGCUGGCGGAUCUUACUGUGUGACCGAGAAGAACUCAUGCAGUUGUCCUGCUUCAGCGUUGAGUGGUGGAAAUUUCACGAGCGUUGUCAUUCACGCUCAGAGACGAUAUCCUAACUCUGCGAACUUCAUUCAGCGUGGCGAGAAAUUCCACACCUGCCGUAUGUGUCACUGUCUCAGCAGAUGGCACCGCCCAGUCCCAGGAACAGUACCCCUAAUAGUAGCAGUGGGAGCAGCGGCAGUGAGCAGCUGAGCAAAACCAAUCUGUACAUCCGAGGACUGCAGCCGGGCACCACCGACCAGGACCUUGUCAAGCUCUGUCAGCCAUAUGGCAAGAUUGUCUCCACCAAGGCCAUCCUGGACAAGACCACGAGCAAAUGCAAAGGCUAUGGUUUUGUGGACUUUGACAGUCCCUCAGCGGCACAGAAGGCUGUCACCGCACUGAAAGCCAGUGGUGUGCAGGCACAAAUGGCAAAGCAACAGGAGCAAGACCCUACAAAUCUAUAUAUUUCAAACCUCCCUCUGUCGAUGGAUGAGCAGGAACUGGAGGGAAUGCUGAAGCCAUUUGGUCAGGUGAUCUCCACCCGAAUCCUUCGAGACACUAGUGGGACCAGCAGGGGAGUUGGCUUUGCAAGGAUGGAGUCCACAGAGAUGUGUGAAGCCGUCAUCACCCACUUUAACGGGAAGUAUAUCAAGACGCCCCCUGGAGUGGCAGCACCAUCUGACCCCCUGCUCUGCAAAUUUGCUGAUGGCGGGCCAAAGAAACGCCAGAACCAAGGAAAAUUUGUGCAAAAUGGACGGGCCUGGCCAAGGAAUGGAGACAUGGGUGGUAUGGCCUUGACCUAUGACCCCACCACAGCUCUUCAGAAUGGGUUCUACCCAGCACCAUACAGCAUUGCCCACAGCAGGAUGCUCGCUCAUUCAACGCUCUCCCCUUAUCUCCCAUCUCCUGUGUCCUCCUAUCAGAGAGUGACCCAGACAUCUCCUCUACAAGUUCCUAACCCAUCCUGGAUGCAACACCAGUCGUACCUCAUGCAGCCUUCAGGCUCAGUUCUUACACCAGGGAUGGACCACCCUCUUUCUCUCCAGCAUGCCUCCAUGAUGGGACCUCUUACCCAGCAAUUGAGUCACCUGUCACUCAGCAGCCUGGGCACGUUCAUGCCAACGGCCGCUGCUAUGCAAGGAGCUUACAUCCCCCAGUACCCUCCUGUGCCUUCCUCCAAUGUUUCUGUCGAGGAGAGCAGUGGUCAGCAGAGUCAAGUCGCAGUGGAGACACCCACAGACCAUGGGGUCUUUCCUUUCCAGUUCAGCAAGUAACGAGGCCAGGGCCUGAGAAAAGAAGACUGCAUGCCUGCCUUGGGCUAUUUUCUUGUUGAUGGAGCCUAGGGAACCAUGUCGCUCUUCACUGGCUGAGCUGCCUCCCAUCUUCACAGAGAGGUUGGGGUAUGUUGGAAUUACUUAGGAAGGCUUGUCAAAUGAUUUCUUUAAAAAGAAAAAAAGUGCUGGAAAAUCGAUGAAGGAGCCCUGCUUGCCAAGUUUAGUUAUGGACUAUUUCUGAGGUGUCAUGUGUUUUAAAUAUGCGGACCUAAAAGUUUUUGUUUUGCAAAGCUCUCAGUUCACAGGGUCUCUGUGUAGCCCUGGCAGGCCGGCCUUGAACUCACAGGGAUCCAACCCACUCCAUCUCCUGAGUGCACCACUAUGCCUGGCUGCUGUUUUUUCCUUUUUUAACUUCUUGUCUAGAUUGUUCUUUUCCGUUCAGCUGAGCCUUGCCUGCUUUGCCUUUUUACAGUUUUUAAUCUUAUGAAUCUGCCUUAAAUUUCAUGUGGGACUGGGAAAAGGACAGUGGAGGUGGCUUUCCUCUGAAAAAAAGAGACUGGAGUUUUGACUUUGGGAAGCAGACACGUGACAACCAAAUUUGGUGGCAAGUUCCAAAAGGAUGAUAACUACGACAGACAUGGGUCUGACUGGCGCCCAGCUUCAGCUUCAGGAAUGCCUGCUCUGCCUCCUGGAGGGUCUUCAUUCUAUCCCAGGUCUCACAGUCCCAUCCCUGCUGCUUGUGGCCUUGCUCAGUCAGUCCCUCUAAACAUCCUUCCCCCGUGUGCAAGUUCCGCCCCUAUGAGGUUGUUGUCGUGUCUAUCAUCUUUGACAGUAUUUCCCUGCCUUCUGGAAUGGCUAAAUCCCCAGCCCAGCCCUGGACAGAGCCUCGUAAUGUUCAUCAGGAGUGCCAGCUGCACAUGGGUGUACUCAACAGUCUUUAAAGCUUAGAAAUUCAGCAGGAGCUGUCUCAGCAGGGCUUGCUCACGUGCGUAAGCCAAACGCAGUCUGCAGUCUGAAGGACUGAAGGUGAGAACUGUUAACUGUGCUGGGCGUGCCUGAUAAAGGACCAAGCUCUUUGUGCAGUACCCUGCCCAGCCCUGGAGUGUUUGAACCCCUUCCCCAAGGAACCAGAACACAAGAAAUCACUUUUCUUCUUGUGGAGGGACAACAGGGUGCUAGGGUAGGAAGAGGCAAUACAUCAGCUCCUUACCGCAGGAGAGACCUUGAAACGCGUGUCUUUUAACUGUCAAAUCCAGGUUCACCUCCACUAGACAAAGUAAUGGAGAGCGGGAGGGAAGUGUGUUCAGAGGCUUGUGUAGGGAAGGAAGGGUUGACCGUGGUGGUGGAGACACUGGCUUACUGAUGCAGCAGCUGUACAUACUGCAGAACUGGGAAUCCUGGUCUGAUUGUGCUUCAGUGCAUUCUGGGAAUAAAGGGCUCAUGGCAGUGGUGAGCAUAGUAUGGGCUAGAGAUGGCUUAGAGGUUGGGAGCACUGGGUACACUUCCAUAGGUCACGUGUGAUUUGGUGCCCUCUUCUGGCCUGCAGGCAUACAUGCAGGCAGAACACUGUAUACAUAAUAAAUAAAAAGAAUGAAAUUACCAGAUUUUUUCCACUGGUGCUUCCAACCUCAGGAAGGUCAGCUAUAUCCAGUUAAAGCCCUCAGUGACAGAACACUAAGAAGGUAGCUUUCUUGUUAGUGGUCUUUAAGGAAAACCAAACCAAACCAAGCCCAGAACUCUACUGAGUGGAAGCUCUGCUGAUAGCCAGGGCCAGUAGGGUCCUGCUGUCACCACUGCUCUGUCACUGCCUCUUAAAACUUGUUUCUUUUUCUGUAGCUCUAAAAGCAACUUGAACGGCUUAUGGUUUUAAAUUUUUAAAUUACCUUCUGAGGUUUUCCUCUGUGAGUACUGUUUAGCUUCCAGUGUUUCUGGUUGAGCAGGUGCGAGCAUGGGAAAUGAGGGUAACGUAUAAUUUUUUUUUAUAGUGGUUAAUGGCACUGUGUAAUUCUGCUUAGUGAUUGCCACCCUCUCUUGUUGGCUCAUUACUCAGUAGUGACUGGGGACAGGAAAGAAGGAUGUGGGCUGUAGAGGGAUGGUCCGCAGGACACAGCUCCACAGGAAGCACCCCACCACACUACCCAAGGCUCUCAACACCAUGCCCAGUGCUUCCUGAAUCCUGCCGGCAUGGAGGUCAGACCUUUCUCUUUACAUCUCACCCCCAAAUUGUUUCCAGUCAGAACAUACUGGAGUCCUAGGAUAGUGUCAUCCUUUACCAGGCUCCAGGCCUACCCAACCCACCUCAGGGUUACCAGCAUCCCUCCCAGGCUUGGGGGCCACGUUGUAGAUGGACUGGCCUUUAGGACACUGUGGGACAAUGAUGAGGAGAGAUUCUUGAGUGUUUUUAAGCCAAGGAUUUGAAGAACUGCCCAGCCUGUGUGAAGUUAGGUGCCUCUGAAGAGGGAACAGCUCUUGUCAGUAAUAAAUAUGGACAGUUUGUUGUUCCUGCUGUCCUUCCCUCCCAGACAUGCUCCCACUUUCUGGAAAAGUGUCAGAACUGCAUUCACUGAAGGCUGGUGAAGCCUUCUUAGCCAAGAGCAAUACAGCUGAGUCAGGUCCAAACUUACUCCAGCCUUUUCUAGACCUGAACUCAGAGAGCAGGACCGGUCUCAUAAACAACAGUUGGUCUAUACAGGCAAAUCAAAUCUGUACCUUGUCACACGGUUCUUCCCAGUUCCUCUGUGAACCAAGCACUCCACUUCUGAGCAGCCUGCCCUUUCAAAGUGCCUGUACGCAUUAGAAGUCCUGAAGUUGACAGGCUGCAGCAGAGCCUUUCCUCAACAGCUAAAACCUCUGGAUGCCUCUUCUGCUCUGUGCUGACCCUUGCUGGAGGUGGUCUCCAUGUGGCAGUGACAGUGGCUCUCGGACUGGCAUCUGCUUGUUCAACUCCUGUUCUCCUCACUCAACUACCUCAGUCUUACAGCUCAGCUCAGGCACAGCACCUGCUCCCUAACCCUUCACCGCCCUCGUCUUUGAAACAAAGCAAACUCUUCAGUUCAAGAGCCGAAACUGCCUUCUGGAUUGUCUUCCCUUUCCUAGUGUGAGCAUGAGCGCUCCAGAUCGGUCCCUGUAUGACGAGUCAGGGCCUAGGCUGUGCAAUGACCACCUUGGGCAAAUUACCAGUUACCCCAGGAACACCAGCUUUGGAGCAGACUUAAGACCUUGGAGAAUAAGAGAAUAGACUGGAGGCUGCCACAGAGCUGAGAGGACCAGUAUGGACGUCUCUGCUCCUGCCCCUCUCUGGGGCAGGUGACAACUCUACUGGAUGCACUUAUCGCCCUGGAGAGGAAGUUUAAUUUAUACUUAAAACACAUUUUGUACAUUUCCCCUUUACCCAGAGACCUGUAGUUCACACCCUCCCUUCUGCAGUGCUACCUCUCGCCCGCUCUCCUCGGCUCACUUCUAACAUCCCUGCCCUGUAAUUUGGAAGAGCUUUACUUUUGCUAACUUCAAUCUUUUUUCUUUCUUUUUUAAAAUAAAACACAAAAGUCG